AUGGAUAAAACUGUCAACUUUAUAUUUGUGACCUCAAUUGCCCUAGUCAUCACUUUCGUCUGUGGUAACAACAAUGACAAUUCAAUAAAGGAUGUUGCUGGAGGCCGUCAAUGGAAACCGUUCGCCAGGUGGCGACAAGCUUUCUAUCCCCAAUCAGAAGAACAUCCGCGAGCUGUAAAAGACAAUCUGGAUGAUCAAUAUGAUGAAAGCGACUCAGAAACAGGAUUACCGCAAGAUCUACAAACUAUAGAUUUCAAAUCUAAACGGUCCCGUCUUCGACAACCCCUCUGUGAGGUGCUAGUGAACAUUGUCUACGUUGGUAAUGGAACCGAUGGCUUCCAGUAUCGUCCAGACCAUUAUGUUACUGAAUCCUGCCUCAGUUCAUUCAGCACUUUUCAGAAUAAGUGUGUGGAAACUGGUCUAUCUUGUACCCAAAUAAGGCAAAAGAUCUUUAUUACCAGACGAAAAGUGGCCAGCGAAGAUUCCAAGGCAAUCAACUGUUGGGAACACGUUCGAAUGGAAGAGAUUGAUGCUGGCUGCGAGUGCAUGUGGCCUAGGGAACACAUUGGAGAUAAACACUCUUAUCGAGGUGGAAAAUAG